CGCGUUCGAAUCGCAAUAGACGUAGGUUGUCCGUAACUAGCCUGCGCUAGUCGUCACCCUUCAGGAGAUAACACGACCUAGAUGCCUGUUAGAUAGACGAUAGUUAGCCUUUCCUAGGCCAAGUCUUAGUUUUCUAACGCACGUUUUACACGGUGACAUGGAAUGCGGUGUCACUGCAAUCAAGGAACUUUAACAGGGGCACCUACUCGCGUUGCCCCUUUGACGACGAAGAAAGUAUCUUUCACAUUCGAAUCUUUCGCGAAUUUUCAACCAGCGGCAAGUUUGUUAAGUGUAGGCGCAGCGUGGACCACCAGACCAGGUCAAUAAUUGUUUACAGCGUGGAACCAUGUUAUUCCGAAGGAGUUUUGUAGUCCGAAGUGUCGGUGGUACCUUCGGGGGUUAUCAUAAGGGCCCUUCCCUCGUGGUGAUGCCAUCUCAAGCCGCAAUUGCAUUGUCCAUAUCUUCGAGCAAUCAUCAACAAAGUCUAGCUAAGUCCAUCACAACGCAAGCAAACAUUAAAGUUUGCGUCAUUGGAGCAGGUGCAGCAGGUUUUUACACGGCUCAACAUAUUCUAAAGUCUCCUAAUACAGUGGUGGACAUCUACGAAAGUCUUCCUGUUCCGUUCGGCCUGGUUCGAUAUGGAGUAGCGCCCGAUCACCCUGAGGUUAAGAACUGUAUCAACACGUUCACGCAAGUGGCUAAAAACCCCCGAUGUAACUAUUUCGGCAACGUAAAACUGGGCGCCGACGUUGGUUUGCGAGAAUUUCGGGAAGCGUACCACGCCGUAGUUUUGACGUACGGCGCCGACAACGAACGCCAACUAAAUGUACCUGGUGAAAAGUUAAAAAAUGUUAUAUCGGCAAGGCAACUGGUUAACUGGUAUAACGGACAUCCUUCUAGAAUAACGAGCACAGAUAUAAGUCUCGAAACGGAACACUGUGUUGUCAUCGGACAUGGAAAUGUCGCUUUAGACAUUGCUCGAAUCCUGCUUUCACCCCUCGACAAAAUUAAGGCAACGGAUAUCACGGAAGAGGCAUUGGAAGCACUGAGCCACAGUCGAGUUAAACGGGUCACUCUAAUCGGACGUCGCGGUCCCAUGCAGGUGGCCUUCACAAUCAAGGAAUUCCGCGAGUUGAUCAAGCUACCGCAAACGUUACCAUAUCUACACAGAGAGGACUUUAAAGGCAUUGAUACGUCGAAACUAGAAAGGCCCCGAAAACGACUGACUGAAUUGAUGUUAAAAACACUCAAUGAACAGCGUACGAGUAGUCUCGAUGGGUGCCCCAAGACAAAGGUCUGCGAGUUGAAAUUUUUCCGUUCGCCGUUGGAGUUCAUAGAAGAUCUUCGAGCAGAAGGUUGCGUCGGCUCAAUCUUGUUAUCCAUAAAUAAACUAGAAGACGGUGGUCGUAUAGCUGUUCCGACCGGCAUGGAAGAGAUACUACCUACAGGACUCGUCCUCAAGAGUGUCGGCUACUCUAGUAGUUGUCCAGAUGACGCAAUCCCAUUCGACGGACGAAAGGGUAUUAUCGCGAACGAAGCUGGAAGAGUCACUGGACUACCAGGCGUCUAUUGCAGCGGUUGGGUGAAAACGGGUCCUAUUGGAGUCAUCGUAUCAACAAUGAACAGCAGCUUCGAGACAGGCUCAAAUCUGCUUAGCGACAUCAAUAAAGGAGCGAUCGACGGUACUGUCUCGAAACCCGGGAGAAAUUUCAUUGUUAACGAUAUCCUCAAAAAAAAAGGUGUUCGACACGUGACGUUCGAUCAAUGGGAAAGGAUCGCUGCUUACGAGGCUGAGAUGGGUGCGAAAAAAAACAAGCUUGCUGAUAAGGUGCUAUCCGUGCAGAAAAUGUUAGAGAUUGCGUGGUCUUAGCAUUGACUUCCCGCUCUGCAGAUUGUGUAGACUUCGAGUAGUAUAUAUACGUCGCGUAUACCUGUUUGGAAGGGCCUAAGACGGCGCCGAACAUGGCCUUGGCUUCUUGUAUAUACACACAGCGUUCGUCAACCCGUACGCCUGUGCUACGUGAUAAAAUAGAACUUUCUAGAAAAAGUUUAUUAAAUAUAUAGCAACAUUUUGCCACGUGACACGAUUGCAAUUAUAUACAAAUGAUUCAUUUAUAUGAGAAAAACGUUGUUAAUAAAUGUAAAUUUCCACUUCUGUUUGUAGAAACUGCAACAUCCGCCGCACUAAAGUGGUCCCCUUACUUGUACUGGAUUGAAAUAUGAUUUAACUGAGAACAACGAGAACCAGCAGGGUUAGUAGGGGUGCAGUACGCAGCACAAGUUGAUAGAUUGUACGAAAAUCCGCGAAAAUGAGCGUAGGUGACGCAAAAUCUGACAGCAAAUCGUGCUUAAUUUCUGCUUAAUCAGAACGUAAGAAGUGGAGGUAGACUUUGUGGAUUUAUAAAAACAGGACAAAUAAGUUCGGCUGGUGUUGCCUAGAUUCGAAGAUGCGUUUCGAAUCUAAAGCAGAGUGUUUACUUAUUUGUAGUGCGUCUGGCGACUUUAUCAAUUUCUUCAAACAGGAGGACAAUAUUAUCCUCUAAGGGCGCUAUACGUAACCGCCAUGAUUAGAUCAGAAGUAUCGCGCACAUCGGAAUUACCGCGUGUAAUGAGCACAUCGUAUAAACUGGUCAGUGCCUAUUAAUUCAACUUAAGGUAUCCACGGAUUAUAUGGAUAACAUGUUGUCGCGUAAUGAGUUACGUUCGAUUUUGGUGGCCACCUUUUGUACGUGAUUGUCUAAUCACGAGCUGAUUAAUCAAUUUGAUGUUGACGCAUUCCCACAUACCGUUGAGUAUAUAUUGUUGGAAAACAAGUUGAAAUUUGGAGAAUCCCAAUAUAGAAGUCUAUUUCAUUUGUAAUUAUAAGUUGUAGGUGAUAGUUAGCACAAAAUAUAGAAUCACAUGGACUGUCAACUGAUCUUUCAUACGGUACUGGUUUAGACUAGAAAUUUGGUAAGGAAAGCCUACCCGUCCGUAAGUGUUACGAUACGAGCAUUUAUAUCUAUGGAAGAGUCCCAAGUGCGUCAAGAGCAUCGGCUGUGUCACCGUGUAGUCUUAUUGAUCGGAGUAUUUACAUUAGAAAAUUGGAACAGGUUUAGGAGCGCCAACUUUGGCUUACAGGGAUAGUUUCAACGAAACUGUUUUUUUUCUUUUCACGGUAUCUGCCCACAAUGUAAAUAGAAACGACAACUCAAAUGAACAGUGAAUUAUGAAACGUCAUUACACUUUUUACGUGUUCCCCAUUACUUAUAUAUUCAACGAUAAAUCAACGAUUAAUAGGUAUAUUCGACCCAAGACAUACAUGAUACUGGUCCAGAAAAUAGAUCAAGCUACUGCAUUCAUACCUAAUGUACCCAAUUUACAAAGGUAAGUGGUGGGGUUGGCAGAGUUCUAGUGAGGCAGCGACGCAGUAACGUUUAACGCAGUAGAGCCGCUUUUAGGAACCGAAAUUUUAGACUGGUUACGUUUCUCAUUUUAAGUAGGCGUCAAGUAUUUGUAUAAAAAUAUUGCAGUGUGUUGCUUCUGUUUGUUAUGGAUUAAACUGGAGAUUGCAAAAUGUGUAGUUCAGCCGAGUGAGUACUUGAGCUUGCUUCGUAUGGUAAGCGUCGAUGAUGUACAGGGCGAGGCGUAACCGAACUGCAAUAAUGUCAGUUUUCCGGGUACAUCCUAAGCCAAACAUCACACCUUUUUAGGCACCGAACAAACCCCAUAAGUCCAUUCCAGCCCUGUUUCUACCUCACGAUGUGUUCUUAAGUUUAGUACGCAAAUCUAUCGUCAGGAGGCCAUCCCAUGACGGUUCAGUGAUCAGCCAGUUUAACGCCGCAAUACCAUGACGAACGAAUACACAGCGUGUGGCUGACUUCAAUUUAUUGUUAUAAUGUCGUUGGCGGGAGCCGAACCAGUGACGCCUUUCGAACGAUGGCUCGCUAUUUAUGAAGGCUUCGUGCGAAUAAGUGAUGCGUCGAAGUUGAGAUGUAUGGUCUAGAUCAGUGUUAGCAGCCUACGCAUUGACUAAUAGAUACUUAGUAAUAUUGUACGACGUCACUUGUCGUUAAACUAAUGCCGGUCAAGAAUGGACAAGGUUGCGGACGCUUAUGGUGUCACUGGGUAUUUAUUGAUCAAGGCUGUGAAGUUGAGGAAGCCAGGAGUCGUCGGUUCAUCCUUGCCAACAUAUACACUGUGCAAUAGGUAUAGUUUAAU